ACCUUCUCUGAUCAUCCAUCUCCCUAGGCCGUCUUGGUCUCUCUUUGCUCCGAGUUCCCAGUGUGCCCUGCGUUGCCCCAUUAGAGUCCAUCUCCUGGACCCCAGCCUGUGGGAAAGGUUGGGUGUGAUGAACUGAAUGAGAGGGAUUGGAGGUCUGAGUGGGAGAGGAAGAGAGGGAAAAAGAUCGACUUGCAGCCCUCGAAGAGUCUCCUACCCUGUCUCUCUGUCUACUGGUCCAGGGGCAGGACAGGAAGUACAGACAGAGAAUGUGACAGUGGCUGAGGGUGGCGUGGCCGAGAUAACCUGCCGUCUGCACCAGUACGAUGGCUCCAUAGUUGUCAUUCAGAACCCAGCCCGGCAGACCCUCUUCUUCAAUGGCACCCGCGCCCUGAAGGACGAGCGUUUCCAGCUUGAGGAGUUCUCCCCACGCCGGGUGCGGAUCCGGCUCUCAGAUGCCCGCCUGGAAGACGAGGGGGGCUACUUCUGCCAGCUCUACACAGAGGAUACCCACCACCAGAUUGCCACGCUCACCGUCCUGGUGGCCCCAGAGAAUCCCGUGGUGGAGGUCCGGGAGCAGGCGGUAGAGGGCGGCGAGGUGGAGCUCAGCUGCCUGGUUCCGCGGUCCCGCCCAGUCGCUGCCCUGCGCUGGUACCGGGACCGCAAGGAGCUGAAAGGUGUGAGCAGCAGCCAGGAAAAUGGCAAGGUCUGGAGCGUGGCGAGCACAGUGCGGUUUCGUGUGGACCGUAAGGACGACGGCGGUAUCGUCAUUUGCGAAGCACAGAACCAGGCACUGCCCUCCGGACACAGCAAGCAGACUCAGUACGUGCUGGACGUGCAGUACUCACCCACGGCCCGGAUCCAUGCCUCCCAAGCUGUGGUGAGGGAGGGAGACACUCUGGUUCUGACGUGUGCUGUGACGGGGAACCCCAGGCCAAAUCAGAUUCGUUGGAACCGCGGGAAUGAGUCUUUGCCAGAGCGGGCCGAGGCGGUCGGUGAGACACUUACGCUGCCAGGCCUAGUAUCAGCAGAUAAUGGCACUUACACCUGUGAGGCGUCGAACAAGCACGGCCACGCGAGGGCGCUCUACGUGCUAGUGGUCUACGACCCCGGUGCGGUGGUAGAGGCUCAGACGUCGGUGCCCUACGCCAUUGUGGGCGGCAUCCUGGCGCUACUGGUGUUUCUGAUCAUAUGUGUGCUGGUGGGCAUGGUCUGGUGCUCCGUACGGCAGAAGGGCUCCUAUCUGACCCACGAGGCCAGUGGCUUGGAUGAGCAGGGAGAAGCAAGAGAAGCCUUCCUCAAUGGCAGCGAUGGACACAAGAGGAAAGAAGAAUUCUUCAUCUGACCCCACCCCCACCCCCGGCCUGGGCUGGGGUCCACCCCACUGCCAGCUGCAAAGACAUUUACCAGAGUCUGGGAUGGUGGGCAUCUCCCCCCACCACUAACACCUCAGACGUUUGGGCAGGGAUGGGGGUGUCAGAUGCCUGGGUCUCUGCAAGGGUCAGAAGCAAGGUCCCAGAGGUCUGGGUCCCCCAGGGGGCAGGGGCCAAAGGCCCAGAUCCCCCAAGUCCAGGGAGGACGGUAGGGAUUGGGUGGGGGAAGAUAACCGGGGGAAGGCCAGGGCCCCUAGACUGCAGAACCAGGUCUUGUGGGGAGGGAAUCAGAUUCUGGGAAGGGUGGGGUGGGCAGGGAAGGGGAACACAGAUGUCUUUGGGGGUCCCAGACCCCAUGCCAGCCAUUGUAGGAGUUCCACAGAGCUCUGGGCACCUCUUUGCAAAGCCAUGUUUGCACGGUGGGGGUAAGGGCGGGGGCGGGGGGCGGGGAGGGUGUGGAAACAGGGAUUCUGUGUCUGUGUCAUAACUUUGAUGGGGGUGGUGAGGGAGACAGCUCCAGCCCCUUUUUCCAAUCCUCCUUCCCCAGAUUCCUGGGCUCCCUCCCCUUCCCUCACAUCUAUCCUACCCAUCUUUGUCUCUCUGUCCACCCACUCCUGGGGGGGCCUUUCUCAUCUCUCCUCCAGGCCCCACCAGGGAGGGGAAAAGGAGUUUAGGGGGGUGCGCUGGUCUCUAUGGUUUUAUAUAUAAUAUAUUAAAAAAAAUCAAAAAUCUAUGAAAAUAUCAGAUUGUGCCCCUUCCCCCAUUCCUGGCUUUUGCCCCCUUUUCUUGUUAAAAAACAAACAAACAAACACAUUUUGUACGGGGCGGGAGGGGAACAGGGAGGGGUUUGGCAAUCCCACUAACCACCAUUAAACCGAGGAGAGAACACG